UGGCAGCGUUUGGUAGCCGUUGGAUGAAGAGAUAGACCCUACCCCCUCGGGAUCGCCAUUCAACUGAAACCGAACGACCUUUUCUCUCCAUAACCAUCUUCUCCACGAUUAUCAAAUCAACUCUUAGAAACUGAAUUCCUUCCUUCCUUCCAAUUACUACUCUGUUUGAAUCAAUUCAGAUUCCAAGCGAUCCAGAAUUUCAACUCUUCGCCUGCCUGCGUUCGUUUCCCAAUUCAAUGAUGAACAAGCAGAUUGGUGAGAUGUUGUGAUCCAUUGUACGAGUUAGGAAACUUCGAUUAAUAUUUUGUCAUGAAAUGUUUGAUGGAAUUGAUUCACGCAAUCCAUUUCUGGAUGAACAAUCAGAUUGGUGUGAUGGUGUGAUCCAUUGUACGAGUUAGGAAAAUUGGAUUUGGGGAAUUUAAUCGAACAAUGGAGGACUACAAGGAUAAAUACAUGUCGAAUGUGCAUCAGGCGCAGUAUCGAACGGCUUCGGAGAGCGUUGAUCCGUCGUCCAUGUCUUCUUUGAUCUCGACAUCGUCGCAGGAGUCGCUGCCUCCGCCGCGAUCCCCUCGAUCCCCCAAAUCUCCAAAGUCCCCGAGAUCGCCGAAAGGCGGCCAGCAGGGUAAACAGAACGGCAGCGGCGGCUCCGGUCAGAGAAGCCCUCUCAAGAAUCAAAAGUAUUCUCAUGGCUCCAAAGAUGGACAUCCUAAGAAAGGCGGCUGUGGCGGGAAAGGAACUUGGGGAGGACUUCUCGACAUGGAAAACGGAUGGGCAGAGGAUCCGAAUGAUCCAAAUUACAUUAGCGAUAAGGAUGAUGUAGAGUCGAUCAACAGAAGGCGCUCUGAGUUCGAGAAGUUCAAGAAGAAAGCCACGGUUAUAGUCGAGGAGUAUUUCGCAAACGACGAUGUGAUGUCGACUGCCCACGAGCUGGGAGAGCUGGGAGUGCCGGGAUACCAUUUCUACUUUGUGAAGAAGCUCGUUUCGAUUGCGAUGGACAGGCGCGACAAGGAGAAGGAGAUGGCCGCGAUUCUGCUGUCGUCUCUUUAUGGCGACAUUAUCGAUCCACAGCAAGUUUACAAGGGCUACCAGAAGCUAGUCGAGUCUACGGAUGACCUAACCGUCGACAUCCCGAGUGCAGUCGAUGUCCUGGCGCUGUUCAUCGCCCGGGCAGUUGUCGACGACAUACUUCCUCCUUCAUUCUUGACGAAGACGAUGGCCUACUUGAGCAAGGAUUCGAAAGGGGUCGAUGUUAUCCGAAGGGCCGAGAAGUGCUACUUGUCGGCUCCUUUACACGCGGAGACGAUCGAGCGAUGCUGGGGAGGCAGCAAGAAUAAAACCGUCGAAGAUCUCAAGUUCAAGAUCAACGACUUGCUGACGGAGUACGCGGUGAGCGGAGAUGUGAAGGAGGCGAGCCGAUCGAUCAAGGACCUGAACGUCCCGCAUUUCCAUCACGAGAUUGUCAAGAGGGCGGCGAUAAUGGCGAUGGAGAAGAGGCAGGCUGAGAGCCUCCUCCUCGACCUUCUGAAGACGUGCGCCGACGAAGGUCUGAUCAAUUCGAGCCAGAUGACGAAGGGGUUCGAUCGGAUUAUCGAUUCCGUUGAUGACUUGUCACUGGAUAUCCCGAAUGCGAAGGCUUUGCUGCAGUUAUUGAUUUCGAAGGCAGCCUCGGAAGGGUGGCUAUGCGCCUCGUCGUUGAAGUCAAUCUCGCCGCAACCGAGAAAGCCAGUGGUCGACGACGAUAAGGUCAAGGCCUUCAAGAAGAAGGCCGAGUCGAUUGUCCACGAGUACUUCCUGUCGGGCGACAUCUCGGAGGUGAGCUGCUGUCUGGAAUUCGAGAACACCGCGAACCUGCCAGAGCUGAACGCGACGUUCGUUAAGAAGCUGAUCACGCUCGCGAUGGAUCGGCGGAACCGGGAGAAGGAAAUGGCGUCGGUCCUGCUCUCGUCGCUCUGCUUCCCGUCCGACGACGUCGCGGGUGGCUUCGUAAUGCUGCUGGAAUCGGCGGAGGACACCGCGCUGGACAUCCCCGUCAUCGUCGAGGACCUCGCGAUGUUCCUCGCCCGUGCGGAGGUUGACGAGGUGCUGACGCCGCACGAGCUCGAGGAGAUCAGCUCCUGCUUCCCGAGCCGCGACUCGAUCGGGAACAAAGUGAUCCAGAUGGCGAUGUCGUUGCUCAAGGCCCGGCUCUCGGGCGAGCGGAUUCUGAGGUGUUGGGGUGGUGGCGGGAGCAGCAGCAAGAACGGGUGGACGAUCGAGGACGUGAAGGAUAAGAUCGGGAAGCUGUUGGAGGAGUUCGAGGCCGGGGGCGAUGCGCGGGAGGCCUGCCGGUGCAUAAAGGAGCUGAGCAUGCCGUUCUUCCAUCACGAGGUCGUGAAGAAGUCGCUUGUGAUUCUGAUGGAGAACAAGGACGUUCGGUUCUGGAGCCUUCUGCGGCGGUGCUUCGAUAUGCAGCUGAUCACGAUGAGCCAGAUGGCAAAGGGGUUCGCCAGGGUGGCGGAGAGCAUCGAUGACCUGGCGCUCGACGUGCCCGAUGCGAAGAAGCAGUUCAAGAGCUGCGUCGAGCGCGCCAAGGGGGAGGGGUGGUUGGAUGGCUCGUUCGGGGUCAACGGUUUGAGCUGAUCGGUAAGGUUCGUUUCUUUGUCCGAACCUUUUUUU